AUGGCAAAGGUAAUGGCCGUUCUGCCUGCGACCGUUGUCGGCGCCACAAGCUCCGGUGCGAUCGCUCUUCAGACUCGGCACAUUGUCGCCGGUGCUCGAAAGCCAAUGUUGCCUGUGUCACUGGAGACGCUCCACACACCUACGGACGUCACCGACGCAGAUUCUGGCAUUGGUCAAGAGAUGCAGAUACCACUAGCACCAAUUUCCGUCGAUGGCCUCGGAAACGGGUGGCCAGACGCUAUGCAGCAGGAUAUGGAGGCAUUACAAACAUUCCAGACUCUCCCCGACAAUGGCCAGCCGGUCUAUUCCCACAUUAACCCUUCGGGUGACAGUCUUGAGAGGCUAGGCAACCUGCAAAAGGAGAUCCUCGUUGAUAUGGAUCUUGCAAAGACAUGCAAAACGGCUGCCGAUUGCGCCCAGCUAUCCCUACCUACCGAGUUGGCGUACAAUUCUUCCUUCCUGGUUGGUCGAAUGCUUGAGCAUUCAAAGACUCUCCUCGGCAUCAUGGAUUCGUUUGAUUCGAUCUUGCCAGCGUCCUCUUGUCCUUCAAACCCUGACCACUUUCCGGCCACACAGACCUGUACUGGGAGCUUACACUGCGACGUUCCAACAACGUUCUCUCUUUUUUCAUGCUACGUUUGUCUCAUCCGCAUCUACCGUACUAUCUUCUCCUGCAUUCACGACUCGAUGCCUGUUCUGUUAUCAUUACAACAACCCCUGCCUCAGCUGUUUCCUGGCAUCAACUUGGCAGGCUUCAGCCUCGAAUCGCGCCUCGAUCUGCAAGUCCAGAUCCUUGUUCAGGUGAGCGAAGAUAUGCUUGCGAAGCUCGAAGCCAAGCUUGGUGUCUCAGAGGGGGCCACCGCGGGCCAAGGAGUCUCGGAGACGACAGGAUCCGCCAACAUGCUCCGCAUGAUGUUGCAGGAAGAGGCCAUGGAGGAGCCUCCGCUGCAUGAACCCCGGGGGCCUUGCGAGCCCCUAAGGACCAUCCUUAGCGAUCUGAAGCGAAUGAUCAAUGUCAACAACGCAAAGUGA